AUUUCAAAUUAUAACACAAAAACAGAAGGGAAGCAUGAUUGUUUAAACACAAUCAUAAACAGCCAAAAGAUUGGUGUAAAGGGUUCCAGCACAAAAGAAAAAAGAAGCCAAAAAUAGUCAAGAAACUUUGCCAGCAAAGGAUUGAGUUCCAGCACAAUCAACUAACAGUCUGUCUAUCCAGCACAGCAAAAGCAUAAAAAAUAAGGAAUCUUUACAAAGAGAGAAUGAAGAAUCACAUGGCUUUGCUUGGAUUCCCAAAGCUUACGGUUCAAACAUAAACAGUAUUAAAUCCCCAAUUCCUCCAUUUCCAUUCUCCUCAUUCAUAACCUUCGCAUUUCUUCUUCUUGUUCUUCUGUCUCUCUCUAGGGUUCUUCUGAGAGAGACAGAGAUGGCUGUUUUGAGGGCUUCUUGUUUUGGAAUCUAUGCUGCUGUGCUUAUUGCUGUCUUUUAUGUCCUUGCUCUGUCUGUAUCUUCAGCUGAACUUUCUUCUUCUCCAGCUCCAGCUCCAACUAGCGAUGGAACCACAAUAGACCAAGGAAUAGCAUAUGUUCUAAUGCUGGUGGCUUUAGUGCUAACGUACAUCAUCCAUUGAAAAAACAGAAGAACAAUUACCUAUGAGUUUCUUUAUUUUCAAGUCUAUGAGAUGAAAGGAAAGAGGGUGUGGUUGUCUUAUUCUAUAUAUUUGCCAUUUUUUUUUGAAGCUUGGCAAAGGUUUCAUUUGUAGAAAGUGAUCUGUUGUAUUUGUAUUAUAAUUUAUUUAUAUAUUUUUCAUUCUUUUUCUUCAA